GUAAGUUACAAACCGAAAAUUCGUUGUCUUAAAUUGCAACAGGUAAAACUAAGUUAGAACAAAGUAGUUUAUGACUAAAUCGUCGUUAUUUUCGCAGAACCAUGGAAUCGAGUUGUUCCACAUUUAACGAUAUCGACAACGAACACCCUAAGAGCAUUAUCCACAUCGAUAUAGAUUGCUUUUACGCUCAAGUGGAGAUGGUGCGAAGUCCCGAACUGUGCACUGUUCCACUCGGCAUCCAGCAGAAAAACAUUGUGGUGACCAGCAACUACGAGGCCCGCAAUUACGGAAUCCAGAAAUGCAUGCUCGUUACAGAAGCCUUAAAACUUUGUCCCAAUUUAAAACUGGUAAAUGGAGAAGACUUGCAUGAUUACAGAGCAGCUUCUAACAAGAUUUUUGCAAUCCUACAGAGCUGGAAAUGCCCUGUCGAGAAAUUGGGUAUGGAUGAAAACUUUAUUGAUGUCACAAACUUAGUACAGGAGAGGUUAAAAUCUACUGAUGUUAACAAUAUCACCCUGAGUGGUCACCUUUAUGAAGAACCCAGCAUGGAGUGUUGUGGAUGCCAUAACAGACUGAAGAUAGCAUCACAAAUAGCAAGUGAGGUGAGGAAGAAAGUAUUUGAUGAAUUAGGGUUCACAAUAUGUGCUGGUAUUGCACACAAUAAACUACUGGCUAAACUGAUCUGUCCAUUACACAAACCCAACGACCAGACUACAAUAUUUCCACAGCAUGCAGUAAAUUUUAUGGCUACACUCCAGAGUGUUCGUUCCAUUCCAACAAUUGGGUCAAAGACCACAGAAACUCUCAUAUCUCAGAAAGUUUUGUCCGUGAGUGAUCUGCAACAAGUAUCCGUUGAAGUGUUAAAGAAACAUUUCAGUAGUGACAUGGCUGUUAGACUGAAAAAAUUAAGUAUAGGGGAAGAUAAUACUCCAGUGAAACAGACAGGGAAGCCUCAGAGUAUAGGCUUGGAGGACAGUUUCAAGACUGUCAGUGUAAAGAGUGAGGUGGAAGAAAAAUUUGAAGCCCUGCUCCAGAGGCUGCUUGUAUUGGUAAGGGAAGAUGGACGCAUCCCAGUCUCAUUACGAGUGACACUAAGGAAGAAAGAUGCCAAGAGGUUGAGCAGUCACAGGGAAUCAAGACAGUGUCAGAUUUCACCCUCCCUUUUCACCAUUGCCAGUGGCACUUUAACAGUAACUGCAUCUGGUCAGCAGAAGCUGAUGACAAUAAUUAUGAGAUUGUUCAAUAAGUUAAUUGAUUUAAAUAAACCAUUCCAUUUGACUCUUGUUGGUCUCGCAUUCACUAAGUUCCAAGAACGUAUGACUGGAAGAAGUUCCAUAGUCAACUACUUAAUGAAUGACAUUUCUGUACAAUCUGUUCUCAAUUUGCAAAAUGAUGGUGACACCUCAGUUUCCUCCAUGGACUACUCAGCUGCCUCACCCAGUAGUAGCACAACAACUGAUCUCUCUGAUGCUGAAGUGGAACCAUCACCUAAAAAGCCUAAAAAAGUUAACUGGAUAGCUAAAAGAAGAUGCCUGUCAAAGGAAGACAUUGCAUCACCAAGUAAAUUGAAAGUGGGUGAACUCAGAUUGAAUUCUAAAGAGCUGGAAAAAGUUUCAGAACUUAGACUGAAUUCAAGAGACAGAUCUUUAACACCGAGAGCCAGUCCUGCAAAGGAAUGCCUCUCAGAUGCAUCAGACACAAUGAAUGAUGUGGCUGAAGGAGGAAACUGUGAUGAUUGCCCGAGUUAUGUUGACAAAGAGGUAUUCAAUGCCCUUCCAGAUGAAAUGCAGCAAGAACUUAAGACAAUGUGGAAAAACCCCUCAAGCUCAGGGAUGCCAGUGCAGAGAAGUAGUCCCAGAACGAACAAAGCUAAACCGAACACAAUUUUGAAAUAUUUUGUUCCACACAAAUAGUAUUAGUAAGAUUUUUAUCUUGUUAAUUAUUUUAAGUGUAAGUGAAUGGUUUCUAUUUUUUCAAAUCAUACAAUUUUAUUCAGC